GCAGAGGCGCGAUUAGUGUUGACAACACCGCCCUGUAUCUCAUCCCUGUUUAUCUAUUUCCCAAAGUAUUUUUAUUUGGAAAGAAUAAAGCGAAUUUGGAGGAAAGGAAAGACAUGUCUUAAUGUAUUUGAUACCUCUCUGAUGCAUGUGCCUGUCAGCUGAAGCGUGCUGGAAGAAUGCAGCCUAAAACCAGAAGAUAUGCUGGAGUCUGGCAUCAAACGAGGAGCCUGCUCUACAAAAACCUGCUGAUCAAAUGGAGGACCAAACAACAGAGUCUCCAGGAGUUGAUCUUGCCAUUGCUGCUCCUGGGCUUCCUCAUCCUCAUUAGCACCCUCAACCCUCACGUUUCAUACGGCAGUAUCAGCAGCAAAGAGCUGGAGAAUGAACGGAACCUGUCAAUCAAAGGUCUCGGCUACACCCCCAUCAACAAUGUAACCAAUCACAUCAUGGAAGAGGUGGCACGGGAACUGCUCAUGAAUGAGCGAUUAGAGAUGUUCUCCACUGAGGAACAAUUGGAGAAUGCCAGUCUCGCUGAUCCAGUUGGCUUUGUAGGAGUGGUCUUCUUGGAUUCGAUGGAGUACCUUCUGCGAUUCCCGGUUGACCAACUCCCUCUGCCUGACUUCAGCGAAUCCAUAACACGCUGUUACAUAGACUAUGUCAACUGCCAGGCCACCAGAUACUGGUACUCUGGAUUCAUACGGCUGCAGUCUCUCAUUGAUGCUGCCAUUAUACAGAUGAAGACCAAACGUCCCGUGUGGAACGAACUAAAAGUGCGUGCAGUGAUGAUGGGACAUCCGGGUACAGUGGAGGUCCAGAAGUCGCAUUAUGCCCUGAUCUCCAUCUACCUAGUGCUGGUGUUUACACCCUUUGUCUAUUUCCUCAUUGUCAAUGUGGUGGCUGAAAAAGAGCAGCGGCUGAAAGACACAAUGGGCAUGAUGGGAUUGUAUGACUCUGCCUUUUGGCUUUCAUGGGGCCUCCUCUAUGCUGCAUUAGUGACGACCAUGUCUAUUCUCAUGGCUGUAAUAGCAACCUGUACACCCCUGUUCUCCAACAGCAACUUCUUUGUCAUCUUCCUCCUAAUUUUCCUCUAUGGAAUAUCUUCUAUUUGCUUCUCCUUCAUGUUGACCCCUUUGUUUAAGAAGCCCAAGUUUGCAAGUACAGUGGGCUUUAUACUGACUGUGGUGCUAGCGUGUCUAUCUCUUUUCACUGUUCUGAUGAGAGAUUUCCCCCAGUCAGCCGUGUGGCUUCUCUGCCUUCUGUCUCCCAGCGCCUUUUCUAUCGGCAUCACCCAGGUGGUGUAUCUGGAAGCUCAGGGGGACGGUGCAGUGUUUUCCUCUCUGGGGAAUGGUCCUCACGCCCUCUAUGUUCCUAUGGUCAUGCUGUUGUUGGACUGCAUUCUCUAUCUGCUUUUAGCCAUUUACCUGGACCAAGUGCUACCAGGCGAGUUUGGCACAAGGCGCUCAGUGCUGUACUUCCUACAGCCAUCCUAUUGGUCAAAGCGCUAUGUGGAGGUGAGCUCUGUGUAUGAGGGCGAGGUCAACGGACCCCCAGUGAAUGAUGAAUCGGUGGAGGUGGUUUCUCCUGAGUUUAGAGGGAAAGAGGUUAUCAGGAUCUGCAAUAUUCGUAAAAUCUACAGAGCAAAAGACACCAAAGUGGAGGCUUUGAGAGGUUUGACUUUGGACAUCUAUGAGGGUCAGAUUACUGCCCUGCUGGGUCACAGUGGAGCAGGAAAAUCCACCCUCAUGAACAUCCUGUGUGGCAUCUGCCCCCCUACAGAAGGCACGGCAACCAUCUAUGGCUCUCCUGUGGCAGAGAUAGCAGUGAGGGCUGAGAUGAAACAGCUGGUUGGUAUAUGCCCCCAGUUGAACAUCAUCUUUGAUUUGCUCACUGUAGAGGAACACCUGAGAAUCUUUGCUGCCAUUAAAGGGAUCCUGCCGUCUGAUGUUGAUGGUGAGGUAGGAACUUCCCAGUGAACCUAGAGACCACAUCUUCUGACCGCAUUUUG